AUGACGACAUUCUCGGCUUUGUGGGUGCUCCUACUGUGCCAGCUUUUGACAUCUUCCCAUGGCCAGGGCCCCAAAGGAAAAGCAGGAAUACCAGGAGUCGCAGGAAAACCAGGCUUGCCAGGACUUCCGGGGGUGGAUGGUCUGACAGGUCCUGAUGGUCCCCCUGGGAAAGACGGACCUGGAGGGGAACAAGGAGAAACCGGACCUCCUGGGCCAGCUGGACCUGCUGGCAGAGGGAGAGCGGGAGCGCCAGGGCUGCCUGGGACGAAUGGGUUGCCAGGUGGAGUCGGACCUCAGGGUGCUGUGGGUGCUGAAGGUCUUCCGGGACUUCCAGGACCUGCUGGUCCUGAUGGGCCACCUGGUCUUCCUGGUACUCUUCAUGAUCUUAGUGGGGACCUUCUAUGUCCUGCCAUCUGUCCGUCUGGACCUCCCGGUCCUCCUGGGAUGCCAGGAUUUAAGGGUCACACGGGCCAUAAAGGAGACAAGGGAGAAGUCGGGAAAAAUGGAGAGAAGGGUGACGCCGGUCCUCCUGGUCCUCCAGGUUUUCCGGGGACAGUUGGCCUGCAGGGUCCACGUGGUCUAAGAGGUUUGCCGGGUCCAAUGGGAUCUGUGGGAGACAGAGGUCUUCCAGGAUUUAGAGGCAAACCUGGCAUUGCCGGUAUUAUUGGAAAGACAGGUGAUACUGGAGACAGGGGUCCGCAGGGAUUCAAAGGACCCAAGGGAGAAAUUGGUAAGAUUGGUCCAAAAGGAGCUGUCGGUGGUGCCGGACCCAAAGGGGAACCUGGAAUUCCUGGCAGAGACGGCAAAGACGGCACACCAGGAAUGGAUGGCGAGAAGGGUGAUGCUGGGCGCCAUGGGGUUGCUGGGGAAAAAGGACCAAAUGGACUUCCUGGUCUACAAGGGAAAGCUGGCAGCAAAGGAUCAAAAGGAGAAGUUGGUGAUGCAGGAAAGGCCGGGGAGACGGGGCCCUCUGGAGAGCCAGGUAUUCCUGGUGACAUUGGCGUACCAGGAGAGAGAGGUAUAGCGGGACCCAGAGGAGUGGCUGGAGGAAUUGGACCUGCAGGCAACCAAGGACCUCAGGGAGUGAAAGGUUUCCAAGGCGUCCAAGGUACAUUGGGGGAUCCAGGUCUUCCAGGGCCGACAGGAAUUCGGGGAGAGUUUGGUGAAAGAGGGCCGGUUGGUGCUUCGGGAGCUAAAGGAGACAUGGGUGUAGCGGGAAGCGAUGGUUUACCUGGAGAGAACGGAGAACCGGGCCAUUUUGGAGCAGUUGGACAAAAAGGAGAGGCAGGGAAACGAGGAGAGCUUGGACCUAAAGGUGUCACAGGGCCGCAGGGAGAACUUGGAGCGAGAGGGCCUCCAGGAAAACCAGGUUUAAUGGGCCUUCAGGGAGAACAGGGUCUUCCUGGAAUAGCUGGAAAGACAGGUGUACCUGGUAAACUCGCAAGCGAACAGCACAUCAGGGAGUUAUGUGGCUCUAUGAUCGAUGAUCAAAUCGCACAACUGGCCGCCAAUCUUCGCCGACCCCUGGCACCUGGGAUGGUCGGCCGACCCGGACCAGCCGGGCCUCCAGGACAGUCGGGGUCGGCCGGCUCUAUCGGUCACCCCGGUGCCCGUGGACCUCCAGGAUACAGAGGCCUUCCAGGAGAACUUGGAGAUCCUGGUACUAGAGGUGACGUUGGUGAACAGGGUGAUAAGGGACCCAUCGGCAAAGCAAUUGAGGGCCCUGUCGGAGACCAAGGAUACCAAGGUGUUCCGGGAGUUCCAGGGAUUGUUAAAGAUGGGCGUGAUGGAUCUCCAGGAGAUCCAGGUGAGCCUGGGGAGCACGGCAGGGUAGGUAGGACUGGACACCAAGGACCUCCUGGCAUCUGUGACACAUCAGCCUGUCAGGGAGCAUCUGUUGCAGGGAAGUCAUCCAACCCUAAAAACUAUUAA